CACAAACUUUGUACGAUGUGCGGCGAAGUUCACGCACUGUUUUGACGAUGGAAAGUCGUGCCAGAGUACUCUUGCAGAAGACGCGAAGAUAUAUCCAUCUCUCCGGAAACCAUGUUGGAGUGAGCCGACGAACGCCAAUGGUAGCUGGCGCAUGAAAUCACAGAUGGAAACAACCGGAUUGCAGACCGAUAUGAGUUAACUUUUCAUUUUACGUUUCUUCUGGUGGUUUGUAAUUUGUAUUUUGGACAUUACACGCAGAAAUGCAUUCGAAACGUGCUUCGUUGUAUGCGAAUUUUCAAGCCGGGUAAUCCGGCAACCUUGUGUUUUUUUUUGUCGUCUGCUUGAUCACUCUGGUAGUUUUCUGGACCCCAAAGACCCUAACCAUGUUCUCAUUGACAGAGUUUUGGUAAUAUGGGAUGUAAAAUCUAGACGAUACUAGGCAAGAGUAAACGACGCUCUCUGAUAAGGGUUAAGGUGGCUACACGGACGGCGGUCUCACGACAGGGCUACGCCGCGUUGCGUUGUCUAGAGUGAGGCGUUUGACUUUUACAGAAUUUCAACUUAUUGUACAUGCUUUUUAAAAGCUUCAAUACGACUUUGUACAUGCCAGAAGACUUGACGGAUUUCUUAGGAAGCACUUGGCGUGCUCAACAUUGGCACCGUCGCAGCAUCCACCGGCUCAACAGCGCCAACGUGUGCGAGGUCUGCGGGCGCCUGUGUGAUAGUCAAGAUGACCUGGUGUCCCACACGUCUAGCGAACACCCAGAGCUUCUGGAUGGGCUGCUGAAGAGGCUAGAAGCAAAAAAAGCAAGAUACGCUCGACAAGCAUCCCUGAUAGCUCAGUCUGGUGAAGGCAGUUGUAGUGUAGAGAGCAGCAGUAGGAUAGAGGACCUAAUGCACGACUACGCUCAGCCAACACCCAUGCAGAAUGGUGUGCAACAAGUUGCAGACAGGGAGGAAGAAGACGACGAAGAGGAGGAGGAGGCUACUACCACUCCAGUGAAGAGGCCAUUGGAAGAAGACUCUUCUUCUUCUUCAAACAAAAAGGGUAGAACAGGAAGACGGACGUACAGCUGUGUGCAAUGCGGGUUAACAACCAAAUGGCCAAGGGAAUUUUUGGCUCACAGGAAGGAUGUGCACGGAGACAGGAUUACGAUUCACGACUGCCCUUUCUGCGAGUAUGCUUCCAAGCAACCACAAAAGCUCCAACGGCACUGUAACAUAGUUCACAAAGAUGAGAUGCAGCGUGGGGAGGCUACAAUGCGAGAAGCAACCACAGCACGUAAAACAGUGGUCGCAGGAUUUGCGAGAGACACUUUUUACAAAUGUGGGCAAUGCUCAUUCCAGGCUAAGAGCCGCUUUCUUGUUGCCGAACAUGAGCGCACGUCUCACUUGAAGAAGAGGUUCUUCCGUUGCCUUCAGUGUGGUUACGUGAGUCACGAUCGUGCCCGUUAUGCCAGGCAUUUACGACAUCACAAUUUGCCCAAGGUCAAGUGUCCUCAUUGUGACUUCAGGACUGCAUACAGAUGGAACAUGGAUCGCCACAUGAAGUAUCACACCAGUGAAGGAAACUUUCAGUGCGACAAGUGCGUGUACAAGACCAUGUCAAGGCAAAGCCUUACUGCACACUGUCUCCAUCAUCACAAUGAUAACCUGAAAGAGUUGUCUGAUACUGAAGUAGGAGGUGCAGGACCAACUGAGGGUGAUACAGAUGACAACAGGCUAAUGAUAGAUGAGCGCCCUCAAGAGAAGCAGCCGCAGCAGCAGCAGACAAGGAAUCCACCACUCAAGCUGACACUGAGGAGAAGUGGGGGCAUUAUAGAGUCCAAACCAAGCAGUUCAAGCACCAGUGCCAUCUCUAUGAUCAAGUGCCGCUACUGCCCACAAAAGAUGAUGUGGCCAUCAGAAAUGAAGAAGCAUGAUGCAACACACUUCAAGAUGACAAAAAAGCAUGGAUGUCCCAUGUGUGAUGUCCGCUUCGAUCGUCUGGAACACAUGGAGGCUCAUAUCCUAAAAGAUCACCGCAAAGAGGAAACACCACAGCGAGCGCACCAAGCAAAUGGCACACGUCAAGGUGGCAGCCCAAUUCGCACAACGAGUACCCCUAUAAUUAUUGAGCUGGGAAAGUCUGACGAUGCUAGGCGUGCCUCUUCAUCUGGGAGGACUCUGGACAUACCUAUUAAAAGCAAGCAGGCGUUGCACCGUUGUACUACAUGUGGAUACACAACACGGUGGAUCUCCGAGCUGAAGAAGCACGAGUUAGUACACGGGACUACAAAGCCAUUCAAUUGCAAGUACUGUUCGUACUCAAGUCGCUGGAAGGGAGAUAUCACGCGACAUGUCUUCCGGAUGCACAAGGAUCACGUGGGAGACACGGACGAGGAGGAGGAUCCAAAGUCAAGUCACGUGCUAAGGUUUCUUCUUUCCCAGCCACAGGAGUCUGGUGAACAGCAGCAGCCUGCAGCCCCAGAAGUGAAGACGCUUGUCCCCAAUCAGCAACAGAAGAAAUCUGUGGAAGCUUCACCGUACCAGCCAAACAUAGAGUAUGUCCCAAAGGCCCCUUCGGGGCAGAUACCAAAGAUUGUGAAAAAAUUUAAAUGCCCACAAUGCUCCUUCUUGACAAGGACAGCUUCACGUUUCCAUGUUCACAUGAUCCAGCAUUUGAACAAGCGUCCUUUCAUGUGUUCGACAUGCCACUAUCGUUCCAACUGGCAGUGGGAUGUUAACAAGCAUAUCAAGAGCAAGUCUAACAAUGAUACGGACCACAAGAAUGCUGAGCUCAUAGUCAUGGAUGAAACCGGGUUCAAGAACUAUGCAAAGUACCAAAUUUAUCUGGUGGAUGUAGAAGAAAGUCCAAAGGGGGAUCGUAUCUUGGAACUGACAGAAAAGACUCAGCAAGUGCAACAUGUAGACCCAACUGAUGCAGAGGAAACAGAAAAUAUUGUUGUGACACCAGAUAUUGUUUACCCAGACCAAGAAGAGCAGGGCUCUUGCUCAGCAUCGGAAGCACCACCUCAGGCUGCUUUCUAUUGUGGACACUGUAACUUUAGUAAUCUGGACAAGAGAACUGUUGUCAACCAUCUUGGAACCCAUGCUGGCAAUCGACCAUACAAGUGCCGAAUCUGUGAUUUUGUGUCAAAGUGGUAUCACUUGGUUCUGAUGCAUGUGCGCCACCGUCACAGUGGCACGGUUAGAGAUGUGGAAAGCAGGGUGUCUUACGUUGAGGAAGGCAACAUCCUACGAAUAGGAGAAGAUGAACCAGAAAAACAACACUCCAUUGCAAAUGAUGGGGAUUCACGUACGUUCCGGUGCAAUAUCUGCCCAUAUCGCUGUGCAAAGUUGUGUCACAUGGAAUUCCAUAUGAAGCAACACACACAAAAAGAAGGUGCUAUCUUCAAAUGUGAGUAUUGUCCAUACUACGUGAAGUUCAAGAAGACGUUGGCAAGGCACCAGAUGCUGCACAAGCAAAAAGGAGAGAUGCCAAUACAGAGUAACAAGAAACUUCCGGCAUCAUCAGUAUCAUUGCAGACCUCAGAUACAUCAAGACUUGAUACACUGCACAAGAGCCCUAAGCAUCCACUGGGCUCCAUGUUUAGUGGCCAAGUGACAAAGAGACAUAUCUGUGAGCAGUGUCCAUACACUUCUGACAACAAAACUCAGUACCUAUACCACAAGCAAUUCCACAGGCCAAACAAGCAUGCUCCCUUCAAGUGCACUCACUGCUCCUACUGGUCGACACAUAACCAUCUUAUGGCACAACACAUGAAAAUACACAAGCCUUCUGACCCAGUCAAGGUGCAACCAGAGAUAAGCAUGACUAGUUCAAUUCCGACUACCAUAGCAAUUGUAAAUGGUGCACCUAGGAAGAUGUUCAAGUGCCGCUUCUGCCCUUUGAUGAACAAAAGGAGGGCUAAUGUUAAAGUACAUGAGCGCAUGCACAUCGGGAUGAAGAAUGCACGCUUCCAGUGUGUACUUUGCAGCUACAAAUGCAACAACACUGGUGUGCUUGCAAGCCACAUGAAGCUUCAUAAAGCCGAAAAUCCAGAUCUUGAUGUGGCCCGCAUGCGAAUGUUCUGCGACAACCUCAACUCUCUCACCACUCCAGCAACCAACCGUGUGGAGACAUCACCAUCACCAGUCCCACAAAAGAUUGCUGCAGUGAAGGAAAGUGCAAAGUCACCACAUCGCAAGAAGAUAUUCAGCUACUUCUGUGAGAAGUGUCCUGCAAUGUUCAAGAGCCACACAGACCUUGACACCCACAAGACAUAUCACAGCUCACCGUACCCAUACCAUUGCCACUUGUGUGAUUACCGGGCCCGCCACAAGCCGCAUCUACACAAGCACCUUUUGGUCCACACGCCAGAGUAUGCGGAGAGGCAAAACGGUUUCACCCUUGCAGAGAUCAGAAAUCAAGACCGCCAGCAGUCUCCUGCCGAGCCGGAUGAUCCGUUGCCAUCUGGUGCUGCGGACCAGAUGCUCCUUUUAGAGGAAGCAGAAACUCGUGCCUUUGUGGAUGCAAGCAGUUGUAGCACUGGACCUCCACAGAAUACCCCAACAAAAGUGUACAGAUGCAAUCGUUGUCCAGCAUCAUUCCAAAAGGCAACCACAUUGGAGUACCAUGUUAGUUUACACGGCAGUGCUGGUGUGUACGCGUGCCACUUCUGCAAUUACGCCGCAAACAGUGCUGCAAAUGUCAAUGCUCAUUCUCAGUUGCACUACAGGGGGGCACUUAAACAGCGCCAACCUCCUAAACUGUUUCGGUGCCACAAAUGCCCAGCCUCCUUUUCAAAGCAAAACCGGUACGAGAGCCAUCUCACUCUGCAUGGACGCAAUGAACGUUUCCGCUGUAGCCACUGUGACUAUGCAGUCAAGUUUGCUGCAAACUUGGUCAAGCACAGAAAGCUCCAUGAAGGCAUGCCCCCUGAACCUGUUGCACUCAGCAGUGUUGCAUCAUCAUCUGCGGCAGCGUCCCCAGCAGUUAUCACAUUGUCAUCACAAUCGUCGACACCUGAUCGCAGUGAGAAGGCUCCUCUCACACCAGUUACUCCAGCAGUUGUAGAAGAGAAAGUGGUGUACGGGUGUAGUCGUUGCCCAUACACCUAUCACAGGAGGGAAACCGUGCUAAAUCACCUGAAGCAUCAUGGCACGACGGAUGGGAUCUGCUGCUCUUACUGUGACUUUUAUGCAGCAUCAGUGUCUGUAAUGAGGGACCAUGUCCGCAUUCAUUUCCAGCUAACACGACGCGUAAAGCCACAAGCUUUUAUGGCUUCCAACAAAGUUGAGAUUUUGUAUGUGAGUGCGUCUGAAAAAAACAUGCUGCUCUUUGGUGAUGCUGGUGAAGGAUGCAAAGGAGAUCGUUUCUAUCCUGAUGACAUACCUGAUGAAGAAGUUGAAGAGAUCCCACCGUUGGUUACCAUCAAGCAAGAGGUCGUGGAAGAAGAAUGCUCAGAAACACGUGACGAUGAAUCAACCAUCGUUGAUGUUGCAUCACUUGAAGAGGAACGCCAGUGCGAGUCUAUUGAAGAAGACUAUGAGUGUGAUGAGAUAACUGCAGCAAGUCGACAAGCUCUCGAGGACCUCCUCACCAAUGUUGUUACUCUUACAAAGAAUGAAGAUUCUCACGUCAGUGAACCUCGGGUAGUUGAUGUUGUCAUUGUUCCUGAACCACCAGUGCAAGAGGUAGAUGAUAUGACAUCUGACGAGCCAGCAAUGGUCUCAAGUCCAAAGGUCGAUAUGCUGCAGAGCAGUGAUCCUGAGCCAAUCAGUGAUGUUGCACAAACAACACAACUGGAGGGGGACUUGAGCCCACAGGAACAGGCGCUGACUCUAAGUCCCAAAUCUGACACACAAGAGAGUGCAGAGGAGCUGCUCAACAUGAUAUGCUAUCAGAAUGGAAUGGACUAUGAGGAAGGGCACAGUCCGCACAGCCCAACGGAAGAAGUUAUUGUAGGAGAAGUGGAGUGCGAGACAGUUGAUGACGAUGUUGUUGAUGAAUGCCAUGACGAGUUUAUGGUGCUUGAUGAAAUCACAAGCUCCCAUGGAACCUCAAUAACAGCUGAAGAGGACAAGAACGUGAGUGACGUUGCAGAGGAUUUAAUUUUAGACGAGGCAGAUGAAAACAAGUUUGAGGAAGAAAGAUACUUGGAACAUGGUAACUCCGACAAGCCACUGGUCGAGGUUGAGACAAUCAACAGCGCAGCGGAAGACAGAGAAGAUGUAAUUGAAAUAGAAGACACUGUAGUAGAAGAAAGCAUUGAAGAGCAUGUGGAAGAAAGCAUUGAAGAGCAUGUGGAAGAAAGCAUUGAAGAGCAUGUGGAAGAAAGCAUUGAAGAGCAUGUAGAAGAAAGCAUUGAAGAGCAUGUGGAAGAAGAGCACUGUGUUGAAGACAGCAUUCUGGAAGGAGUUGAUGAUAAAUCAAAUUGUCCAUCAGAUGAAACCAGUGGGGAUGUCCUUGUACCAGAAGAUGUCUUCAAAAUGCAGUCUCCUAACAAAGGCAAGCAAGCUGCAUCGAUAGAGAACGAAAAUGACCAAGUUGCCAUAGAAGUUGAUAUCAGUGUAAGCGUCGAUGAUGAGGAACAGCCUCACAAUGUCAACGGCAUUGAUGCUUCAGACCUCGAACAUACAAAACAAGAUACUGAAAUGUUAGAGCAAACCACCAAAGAAUGUCUCCAAUUUUCUGAAACAACCAAAGAAGUAGCUGAACCGGACAAUAUUACAGUGCAAAAUUUUGUGACCACGACGUGAUGUGCAUACAAGGUGACUUUUAUAAAGCCACUGUAGCAUUGGUAUACACAUGACUGCUGUGACACAUGGACACGGAUAUAUGUAAUGCAUCGUGAAUAGGAGGUGCUGUGUUGUGUAGACUGUCUAUGGAAUUUAAACACCAUUUGUGCAGACAGUGAAAAUCAAGGUUGGGAACUGCUAGAAGCACUGCCUUGGCUUUAGCAUUUGUUUAUGUUGGCAUUCGCCGAGACAAGCAAAGGUAUUCCAUUUCAAUGAAGUGAGAUGUGUGUACUAGUUUAUAUUUAAUUCACAAUGUGAUUUUACACUUUUGACUCGAGUUGUGAGCAGCAGACCUUGCUUGUGUAGCUUUGGUUUUAUAUGAAUGAACCUUUUCACCAGUCAGGUGUUAAUUUUGUUUCUGCAUGAUAACUUCCGAAUAACAGAAGAAACUGUUCGCUGUACUCCGACAUGUGAAAGAUGGUAAUAAAACUUUUGUUACACCAACA